GCGAUCUAUUAUGUACUAUUUAAUAGGCUCUAGUUUGUAUGGACUGUGACAAGUGUUGCCAUUCUCAUAAGAUUGCCAUUCUCAUGAGAUUUGCAUACGCAUAGUAGCUAUUCAGCCAACGCUGCGCUGGAACUCUGGAACUUGUUGCUGUCACUGGGCGGGCCCUAAUGAUGUUGUACGCCAAGACGGGGGGUGUAAUUCAAGUGAAGGAAAAUCGAGUCAAGGGAGUUACCUCAACGGCAAGCUUUCGAGAUAUGAGAUCGGGCCAUAUUUAAUGUCUGUCUUUCUCUAAAUUAAAAAAAAGAAGUGGAGAAAGAUACAAUUGAGAGUUACACAGCCAACAUUCCGCCUAUCAGCUGGUGGACAAAUGUGACCCCCCCCCGUGCAUGCACAAAUUCUCUGUGUUUACAAGUGAUUGAAACCGUGCCAGCGAAGAGGGAAAAAGAUAACCAAGGAGGGAUGGUGGACAAUUCCGGUAGCAGCAAGGCACAAAUGCCCAGCAUGUCACAGGAGAGUGGUCUGGGGGGUGUCUAUCCUCAGGCAGGCACGGCAGGAGGAAUGAAGCUGGAGGCUGUCAUGGAGCAGCUGCAGCGCCAGCAGCAGGCCAGGCUGGAGAUGGAGCGCAAGGAGAGGCGGCUCCGCGAGGCCCACAUCAUGUACGCCCAACAGGUAGCAGCGCAGCAGGCUAUCCUAGCCGCGGCUAGGGCCUCUGGAGCUGGCUUCAUGGGCAAGGCCCUGGUUGGAGGUGGUUCAGGGAUACCCAGAGGAGGCCCACUGUCCCGGGUCUCUAACCAGAGCAGUGUGGACUCAGAGAGGGAGGACGAGGAGGACAGAGGCCGGGAUUCAGGGGAUGACGACGAUGAGGAGAUGAUGGAUGGAGAUGAGGGGAGCGAGGAGGAAGAAGGAGGGGCUAGUGGUCUUGAGUACCUCCGCAAGCAGACACUGGCUCUUCAACAGGGUGCCUCCCACCUCCCAGCGAAUCCAUUUGGUAGUUACUCUACCGCGGGCCCCCAGAAUGCCCCAUUGCCACCUGUUAGGGUGAAGCAGGAGCCUGACGAGAGCCGUUCUCCUGCAGGGCCCCAUUCUGCCUCCUCCCCCAACGGGCAGGCCGACUGGAAUAGCUUUGAUGAUCAAUUAAAACAGAAUGGGAGCGCUGCUUGGGCUGAUGAGAAUGACAGUGGAAGAGGAAGAGGAGGAGAGGCCUCCAGAGACUUUGCUAAGCUGUAUGAGCUUGACAGUGACCCCAACAGAAAGGAGUUCCUGGAUGACCUGUUCACCUACAUGCAGAAACGAGGGACUCCAGUGAACCGCAUCCCCAUCAUGGCCAAGCAGGUUCUGGACCUGUACAUGCUUUACAAGCUGGUGACGGAGAAGGGCGGCCUGGUGGAGGUCAUCAAUAAGAAGAUCUGGAGAGAGAUCACCAAGGGCCUCAGCCUGCCCACCUCUAUCACCUCUGCUGCCUUCACCCUUCGCACACAGUACAUGAAGUACCUGUAUCCCUUUGAGUGUGAGAGGAAAUGUCUAAGUUCGCCAGGCGAGCUUCAGGCGGCCAUCGACAGUAACCGCCGGGAGGGCCGUCGCCCGAGCUACAGCAGCAGCCUCUUCCGCUUCUCCCCCAGCACAGCCCCUCACAUCCUCUCCCCUCCCAAGAUGCACCUGUCUGCACUGGGUGCCGGAGCCGCUGGGAGCCUCAACGGCCUGCUGGCGUCACCCGUCCACUCUCUCAAAAAAGAAGAGAUCACCCCCUCCGUGAUGGCAGCGGCUCGUGGUACCUCCAUGUCCCUGGCGCUGGGGCAGCAGCAGGUGGCAGGGCUGGCGCGGGCUGCCACUCUGGAGCAGCUGAGGGAGAAGCUGGAGACUGGCGAGGGCCCUGAGAGGAAGAUGGCACGCCUGGCAGAGGAGCAGCAGCGUCUGAUGCAGCAGGCCUUCCAACACAACCUGCUUGUCAUGGCCUCUCAGGUCCCCAUGAACCUGCGCCUGGGCAACAACACCACCGCUAGAGUGGGUUAUGCAGAUGUAUGCUGCAAGACACCCACAAGGAAAUAUGAGAAGCAGCAGGACAUGGCUCUGAGCAUCUCCACCAAUGGAUCUGCUAGCAUCAGUGUGUCUGUGGAGGUCAACGGCACACUCUAUUCAGGAACCCUGUUUGCACAGAAGUCAGGCGCACCAGGGACUAGCGUGUCCACUGUGGCCACAGUGCCCCCUGCUGGACCCAGCGCUGGGUUUGGGUUCGCCACCUCUGCUCACAGCCACAGUCCAAGUUCCUCUUCUUCCAAGGGGCCUUGCUCGGCCGAGCCCUCCUCCAGUGGCUCACCUUAGCUCAGGCCGCCCUACCACCCACUCUCCAGGCUUUUCCUCAACACCGAGGCCUAGCAUGAAUACAGUACAUUGAUAAAACGACAAGAAAACAACUGUUGCACAACAAAUACCUCAUCGCUCCUGUCAACCUUGGCUACUCAUUUAUGAAUACACAAUUCACACACCCAAUUACAUCUCAAGAAAACAUGCACCCACACACCUAUGCAUUUUACACACUCGACACAUGUGCACAAACACACAUGCAUUUCAGACACCCAGCGCACAGAGACUCUUAUACCAAAUGCAUGCUAAACACAAUCAAAUCACUCAGCCAAAACCCACUGACAGGUGUUCACAGCUGAACUUGAAGAGUUUUAUUUUAUGAUUUUGUUUUUUGCCAUUUGUUUUUUGAAACAUUAUUAUUUUUUUAGUUAUCUUUUUACAUACCUAAAAUCAAGUAACCUGCAGUGGUAUCUUUACCUCAGGAGCUGUAGUAUACUUCACCUGAAUUAACUUUAUUUUUGUAUCCUUUUUGAUCUUGUUAAAAUCAGGGGAAUUUUGGAGAAUUUCACAACGGAACCUCACUCACCUCAGCACACCUCCUACACUUUUAUACAAGUAACUCUAUCACAACGCUCGAGUUGCCAUGACGAUGGUCCGUAGCCUUUUUACUUCUGAGUGCACUACAUUAUUGAUCCUACAGAUCGCCAUGUAAUACCUCGUAUACAGUAGUCACUCCCACAAUCAAUACCAGGGAGUCACCCACUCAUUCAGCCUAUUUGGAAUGAUGUACUUAUAACCUUCAAUCGAACUCAAGAUACAGAUGGUCCUUGUGUCUAAAGGGCUUUGAGGAUCAGAAUUAGCUUUGGACAUUUUAUCACACACAAUGUGAUGUUAUAAGAACCGACUGAUCUGCCGAUCUGUUUAGGACUAGCAAGCCCCAAACUCACCACCCCGCAUCUAUCUAUCUAAUAAUCAGAAAGGUGGUGAAGGAGUUCUGUUUCCUGCUCUGGGAUCAGUGUGUGUCCCUAGUUCAAUUCAACAGAGAGGAGAGACAUAUCCACCCAUCAAUGGUUUUCCUCCAACACUGGCAGACCAGAAGUGUUUUAACCACAUACCUUUUCAAACCUCAUAUUCGCCUCUCCGUUUGGGAGAGGGGCCUUUCUCAGGAAGCAUUGUGAAGUCUCUUAUUAUGGACUCACUUUGUCAUUUUAAAAAAAGGAUCCCACCGAAAGAAUGCGCAAGUCUAACGAACUGUCUUCAAAGAAUACCUCGGACUCUCUAGAAGGAGAUGUACACUACAUACCUCAUUGCUGCAAAGCCAGCGUGACUUGACCUGGUGGUUUGAGUCCCUGUGACAAGCAACGGUCCACAGGAAUGGACUCUUCCGGAAUGCUGGACUACAAACGUAGAGACUUUACUGCUGGAUUUUCUUGGGGACACAUUAUUAUACCAAGCUGAACUGGGAUGGGCUUGCUCUCCUCUGGUUUUCUCUGGCUUCCUGCAUUUUAUGAGACUAAAUCUAUUUAAGAGUAAUGCUCUGCAUGUGUACAAUCAGGUGGGCAGUUUUUUACACCGUAAUCCUCUGGUGUGUGGUAGCCUCUGGUGUGUGCACAGCUGAAUACCAAAGACGAGCCCUGUUCCCUGCCCAGGCUGUUGUGUGCUAGCUGCUGUGGGUUAGCUGAAUAGGCUAGCUGAACCACUAGGUAGGAUACAGUGGGGUAAAGGAUGGGUUUCAUAAUAGCCCAUCUUCUAUAGUCCCUGCUGUUAAAGUUGUCAGCUCUAGUUAUGUUUCUUUCCUUAUCUUAAUCUGACCUUUGCUUACCUGUGAUUGAGUCUUGGGACUGGUAUUGUUCUGCCUGGCAUGGCACACAUCACCUGACAUAUACCUCAGUGAGUUAUGCUGCAGUCGCACAGUGUAUGAUGCACAAGCCCUUUGACCUAACCUCUACAUUGAAUAAGACCGAGAAAGGGUAGCUGUUUCGCCAACUUGUUUCUCUGUCUCAAUUCAAAGUUCAGGCCUCCCAAAUUCCUCCGACACAUCCACUGUUACAGUAUUUCCAUUCUCAUACUGUUCAGGUAAUUUCUCAGCAUUUUUAAUAGAACAUGAUUUGGAUUCAAUUAAUUUCUAGCAUUAUCUGUGUUGAAUGUGAGGCGUUUUAACUGUUUCUAAACCUUUUACCCCCUUAUCUCUGAGGUGGGCAGCCUUGUUGCCUUCUUUUUUAAAAUUGAACCUUUAUUUAACUAGGCAAGUCGGUUAAGAACAAAUUCUUUUUUACAAUGACGGCCUAGGAACAGUGGGUUAACUGCCUUGUUCUGCCCCUGAACAACAGAUUUUUAACUUGUCAGCUCAGGGAUUCGAUCUAGCAACCUUUCGGUUACUGGCACAACGCUCUAACCACUAGGCUACCUGCUUCCCUAGUAAGCUGUGUUUUUGCUGUCAUUUGUUGGCUUUUGUGGCGCAGACCACCGGUCAGGAUUACAGGACCUCCACAACAUAUAUACAAUGACUGAAGAGAGACCUGCAAUCCCUCUAUGAAAUGUUAUGUCCACAUUUAAUAAAGGUGAAAGAUGGAGUUGCUGCCUUAAUCAGCUGUGAGAGAACAGUGAACCUUUCAGGACUCUGCUAGGAAUGACUGUUUUAUCUUCAAGCUUAAUCCUUUGAAGAGUAACCUAUUUCCAUGAUCUUUAUGAAUUCCGUCAGACAUUAAGGCAUUCAUCAUUCAUGUUAUUGGUUUCAAAACCAAGGUAUGCUAUUUAUUUGUUGAUUUUUCUUCUGAUGGAUUGAGUUACCUUGAUCACUUAGGUGGUGUCACUAAAACCCUUUUUCGUUUCUCUCGCUGUUUUAAAAAGACAUGUCUGUUUUCUAUCCAAUCAGUCUAGUCAAUGACUGUCUGACAGUGUAGCCUUACAGCCUUUGCAUGAGAGAGGGAGCGUGUGUGAGAGCAAGUUCAGAAUAUGCUAGAGGAGGGUGUGUAACAACCAUGUAAUGCCAUGUAGGAGACUGCAGGUGGUGCUGUCCUCUAAGACCACACCAUGACAAGGGUGGGCAACAGGUUAGAACCACAUUCACUGGGAAUUCAGUUUACAGCUCAGGCUUAUGUGGGUUACAAUUGUGUGUCUGUGUGGGCUCUUGAAGACCUCUUACCCCAGGGCAUUGGGCUGCUGUCAUUGUUGCAUUUGGUAUUGAAGUUAUGCAAUUGGCAUGUAUAUUGAGGGACACAUGCAAAUCUUGUACAACCUUAAAGCUGUCUCUAGUGACUUGCUAAAUGCCGUUUUAGACUGGUUUGGUUUUUGUUGCUUUUUGAUUUUUGUCAUCAGUUACAUGCAAGGUCACAUCACUCAGGAAACUGUGAAGUUGAACGUCUGCAGAACCUUGUCCCUGGAUGGUUUGGAUUUUAUUAGAUUAUUAAUUGUUUAAAUCUAACCUGAUCUGUGUAAUACAAGUGCAUAUGUAAGUGGUUAUUGAAUACCUCAUUUAUCAAUUCUGUUGUUUUUGGCUUGUAUAAUGCUCCGUAUAUACACAUCUGUGGGGUUUGUGCACAUUUUUUGUACGGUUGUUAUCAUGUCCAUAAUAAUAACAUUACUGAUGUUAUAGUUUUCUCUUUUGAUUAAAACAAAAUUGGGAUGUGAAUGCUUGUAAAACUGGUUUGUGCUGAUUGUAUUUAAAAGAGAAGCACUUUUCCAAAGUGAUUGACACAUUCAGUUUUGUUCAUUAGUAAUAUAAAGAUAUGGUUCUCAGGGCUUUAAACUUGUAUGUCAUGAUAAAGUUUUACUUUAUAUCUUGUAUGUGUGUGGUUUUUGUGAAGUGUGGCUUGGAUUUCGUUCGUCCUUCCUUUCGCAUGGGGCCAACUCUAUUAUUUGGAAAAACAACAAAAAAGACGGCGACAUACGCUGGUGAAAUUGAACUAGGCCUACUCGGCAGGGUAGCCUAGUGGUUAGAGCAUUGGACUAGUAGCCAAAAGGUUGCAAGUUCAAAUCCCUGAGUUGACAAGGUACAAAAUCUGUCGUUCUGCCCCUGAGCAGGCAGUUAACCCACUGUUCCUAGACCGUCAUUGAAAAUAAGAAUUUGUUCUUAACUGACUUGCCUAGUAAAACUUAAAAAAUAACCCCGUGUAGACAUUUUUUAAAUAUACGUUUUUAUUGGCACAUGAAUGAUACAGGACUUGGAGGCAUGUUUCAGCAGCUGCACCGUAGAGAUUAGAGCAAGAAAUGUACAACUAAGUGCAGGAAGGUAGUUGAUAACAUUUUGUCAGUGUAAAAACAGGAGCUCCCUAAUUACUAACCGCUUCCCCCACUCCUUAUAAAGACCAUGUCACAGCUGAGACCUAUUUUGCUACACUGGCCAAAACUGCCUGUUACUCAAGCCUGCUCGGAAGGGGCUCUCGCAAUGAGAGGUGUCAUAAGAUGUUAGUAUCGGUGGAUAACCCUCAAACAUUUUCUGUCAUUUCUUUACAAUGGGCCCGAUUCCGACUUAGGUAAUUACGCCUUUCUUACUCACGCCUUUCCUACACACUUCUCAGUAGUUGGUAUUCAGACUUCCGUUAAGUUGCAUAGUGGGCUUUGUAGGCGUGGUUCUCUUGUGUGCAUGGAAUACAUGUAAUUCAACUGCUGAAAACCCUCUCACUUGCUGGCCAACAUUUUGUUUUCUGUACAUUCUUAAGCCAUCCCUUCAAAUACGGUGUACUUUUAAUAAAAAUGUUCUGUUAAUGCACGCUUACCUAUGGUUGGAAUCGGGGCCAAUGUCGGUUUGGGAAAUGAUUCAGCAGGCAAAUGCCCCCCACCCCCAGAUGCUCUGACUCCUGGUAGCUCGCAGAUACAGUGCUGUGAAAAAGUAGCCCUGUAAUGUUUUUCUACUUUUGCAUAUUUUGUCUACUGAUUACCAGAUCCUCAACCUAAUAUUAGAUCAAGGGAACCUGAGUGAACAAAUAACGAUGACAUACAUAUUUCAGAAACAAAAGUAACGCAAUGCCUGUGUGACAAAGUAAUUUCGAUGUGGCAAGACUUGAAACGAGCAGCUUGAAAACCCACAAGUUUUGCUAAGUUAAAGCAGUUCUGCAUGCAAGAGUGGGCCAUAAUUCCUCCACGGCGAUGUGAAGACUUAUCAACAACUACAGGAAGCAUUAUGUUGCAGUCAUUGCAGCUAAAAGUCAUUGCAGCUAAAAGUUGUAUUACCAGUAGUUGUGUUACCAGUAAGGGGGCAAUUACUUUUUCAUACAGGGGAAUUGGGUGUUGCAUAACUUUGUUAAUUAAAUAAGUAUAACUUCAUGUUCCCUUUAUCUAAUAUUUGGUUUUGAAGAUCUGAUACCUUUCAGUAUCAAAAAUAUGCAAAAAUAGAGAAAAUCAAAAAGGAGGCCAAUAAUUUGUCAUGCAAUGGUAUCUAAAAACAACAAUCUUUCCCUUGAGAUAUCAUUACAGCCUGGGCUUUUCUCAUUUAACACAAACUUUACUGUGAUGCAAUGUUUCAACAGCAAGAACAUUUCACAAACAUGUCAUAAGUCCCUUUGAUUUCACAUACAGUGAGCUUCAAAGGUAUUGGGACAGUGACAUUUCUUGUUUAGGCUCUGUACUCCAGCACUUUGGAUAUUGGAAACACU